AUUUAAACCCUUGUGCGGCCUCCGGCGCGGUUGCGGUUGCGGAGGCUGCUCUUGCGAAACCUUCUCUCCCUUUCCAAACCCUUACAAGAACCCCGUCGAUAUUCCUCUCCAAUUCUUUCAUCCAGCAACCGGAAUUGUUUAGGUGUUUGUUGUUGUUGUUGAUCGCUUAGGGUCAGCGGAAGAGCCGGGAAGAAAAAGGCUUUGUUCUCUUCUAGAUCGUGAGGAGCAAAUGGCGCAGGUCCCGCUUCAGCCGCAGGCAGCGGUCCCCGGCCCGGCUGAAGGCGGUGGCGGGGCCCAGUUCUCCUCGACGUCGUUGUACGUCGGCGACUUGGACCCGGGCGUGACGGACGCGCAGCUGUAUGAUGUUUUUAGCCAGAUCGGGGCGGUGGUGUCCGUCCGCGUCUGCCGCGAUAUGAAUACUCGCUUCUCUCUCGGUUAUGCUUAUGUCAACUACAACGAUGCCGCGGAUGCUGCAAGGGCACUGGAAGUGCUUAAUUUCAUGCCUCUCAAUGGGAAGACUAUUCGGAUAAUGCAUUCAAAUCGUGAUCCUAGCACACGUAGAAGUGGGACUGCCAACAUAUUUAUCAAGAAUUUGGACAAGUGUAUCGACAACAAAGCACUGUAUGAUACAUUUUCUGCGUUUGGGAAUAUUCUUUCUUGCAAGGUUGCAACAGAUGCAUCUGGUCAGUCAAAGGGCUAUGGCUUUGUCCAGUUUGAACAAGAUGAUGCAGCACAAAAUGCAAUUGAGAAUCUAAAUGGCAUGCUAUUGAACGAUAAGAAAGUUUUUGUUGGGCCCUUUAUUCGUAAACAGGAAAGGGAGAAUGCUGCAAGCAACAUAACAUUUAGUAAUGUAUUUGUAAAAAAUCUCUCAGAGUCUACAACAGAAGAUACUCUUCAAGAAGUUUUUGGUGAAUUUGGAAAGAUCACUAGCUGUAUUGUAAUGAGAGGGGAGGAUGGAAAAUCAAAAUGCUUUGGCUUUGUUAAUUUUGAGAAUCCUGAUGAAGCUGCUCAGGCUGUUCAGGAACUUAAUGGGAAGAAAUUUGAUGAUAAGGAAUGGUAUGUUGGAAGAGCACAAAAAAAGUCAGAGAGAGAACAGGAACUUAAAGAGAAGUUUGACCAGAGUAAGCAGGAGUCUUCUGAAAAAUUGGAAGGGGUUAACUUGUACUUGAAAAACUUAGACGAUAACAUUGGUGAUGAUAACUUGAGAGAAUUGUUCUCAGGGUUUGGGGCAAUUGCUUCUUGCAAGGUUGUGCGUGACAAAAACGGUGUGAGCAAGGGAUCUGGAUUUGUUGUUUUUCAGUCUCCUGAUCAUGCUUCUCAAGCACUUUUGGAGAUGAAUGGCAAAAUGAUUGGCAAUAAACCACUUUAUGUUGCACUAGCACAACGCAAGGAAGACAGAAGAGCAAGAUUGCAGGCUCAAUUUUCACAAAUGCGACCUGUGGUGAUUCCGCCUUCAGUUGCUCCUCGUGUUCCAUUGUAUCCUCCCGGUGCUCCUGGGUUAGGACAACCACUUUUCUAUGGUCAACCACCUGCACUUGUUCCUCCUCAGCCUGGAUUUGGCUUCCCUCAUCCCCUUGUUACUGGAAUGAGACCUGGAGCUGCUCCUUUUCCCAAUUUCUUUAUCCCGAUGGCCCAACAAGGUCAGCAGGCCCAACGUCCUGGUGGUAGACGAGCAGGAGCAGGUCCACUGCAACUGACACAGCAGCACCCUAUGCAAAUGAUUCAACAGCAGAUGCUCCCAAGGGGUGGACGUCCUUACCGCUAUCCACCUGGGCGUGGCAUGCCGGAAGUCGGCAAUCCUGAAGGGAUGUUCUCUCCCCCCUAUGACAUGGGUGGUAUGCCCGCAAGGCAUGCUGGCAUGUCACAACCUGUUCCGGUAGGAGAACUGACUUCGGCUCUUGCAAAUGCUACACCAGAGCAGCAGAGACUGAUGCUGGGUGAGAGCCUCUAUCCUCUCGUGGAUCAGUUAGAGCACGGGUAUGCUGCGAAAGUAACCGGCAUGCUCCUUGAGAUGGACCAGAACGAAGUAUUACACUUGCUGGAAUCUCCUGAAGCGCUGCAGGCCAAAGUAGUGGAGGCUAUGGGAGUCUUGAGAAGUGUUGUUCAGCAGCAGCAGGUCGCAAACCGUUUAGCUGGUCUGUCGUUGAAUGAUGUUUCCUGAGCUGAUAUACACAUCGCGACUCCUUGGGCGGGGGAGCCCGUUUUGAUUUAGAUGUGGUUUUGGGUUGAUUUUUCUUGAACUAUUCAGUUUGCUACUUCAUAGAAUGGGAUUUUUUUUUCUUC